AUAGAAAAGAAACGAAAAAAAAAAUAAACGACGAGUAAAAUAAAUUGCUUGCCUUAAAACCAACAUCUAACGACAUAAAAAUUAAACGAAUCGUUUUUUGAAAAUUAAAAUUAAAUAACUUCUAAAUAGUGCCUGAUAUAGAGAAAAAUUAAGAGAAAUUUUAAGGGAAAAAACUUGAAAAACAUAGCAAUAGUCGAGUCAAUAGUAGAGAGAAUAAACUCGAAGAAAAAUCCUCGUAAUAUAAUAACAAUUAUAAUUGAAGAAUCGAUAGUGUAGCGUUAUUUUUGUUCAAAAAAGUAGUCAGAGUCAGCUCGUUUCCCUUUCGCCUGCAAUUUUUCAAGUAGAAAACAGAAAAAAUUUAGAAUAAUGUCCCAGCUAGUACUUUGUAAUGAUAACAACAAUAACACCGACAACACUAGUGAUGAUUCUAACCAGCCGCCAACUAUUUACCGUUGUAGAGCGCCCAUCGCUAGUUUAGACUGCAUGGAAGAGUUCAGUGCGGGCAGCGCUCUCAGUGCACUCGGUGACCGGCAGAGCGAUGGAACCAUCACCAAAGAACAGUUAUUGCUUAGCGGUCUCACGCACACGGCACCUUCUGCUCACAUACAACUUAGUAAACAAACUGCAAUCACCCCAGGUUUAAGAUAUAGAAAUUUGGGCAAAAGUGGAUUAAGAGUUUCCAACAUUGGAUUAGGAACUUGGCCCACUUUUGGACCAACAGUAACUGAAGAGCAAGCCGAACAAAUUAUCUCCUUGGCUGUUGAUAGUGGAAUUAAUGUUUUUGAUUUAUCAGAAGCACAUUCAGGUACACGAGCUGAAGUUGAAUUAGGAAGAAUUUUAACGAGAAAAGGUUGGAAACGAACGAGUUAUAUCGUUACUACUAAAAUUUAUUGGAGCACAAGAUCGGAAGAGAGAGGAUUAUCUCGAAAGCACAUAAUAGAAAGUGUUAAAGCAAGCUUAUUGAGGUUACAAUUAUCUUACAUCGAUGUCGUAAUCGUCCAUAAAGCCGAUCCAAUGUGUCCCAUGGAAGAAAUAGUGAGAGCAAUGCAUUAUGUAAUUAGCCAAGGUUGGGCGAUGUAUUGGGGUACAGCACGUUGGUCACCAGUAGAAGUAAUGGAAGCUUACACAAACUGCCGCCAAUUCAAUUGUGUAACUCCAAUAGUAGAACAAUCCGAAUACCACAUGUUUUGCCGCGAAAAAACCGAAUUGUACAUGCCGGAAUUGUACAACAAAAUCGGCGUUGGUUUAAUGGCAUGGUCUCCAAUCUCCAUGGCUUUAGCCCAAUGUAAAGAAGAAGCAGGAGUUCAGCUUUUCUCGCGGGCGAGUUUUCGUAAUAAAUAUAGCUCAUUCUCAUGGACAGAAGAUGAAAAUGCAGCCUCAAAUAAAGAUGGUUACAAUUGGAUGAAAGAUAGAAUCCAACCGGAGGAAUCAAGACGACAACAAGAAAGAAUCCGGGAAUUGAGUGGCUUAGCAGAACGGAUGGGGUGCAGUUUGGUGCAGCUUGCAAUUGCGUGGUCUUUAAAAAAUGAGUCGGUUCAAUGUUUAUUAUUGGGAGCUAGUAGUGUUGAUCAAUUGUAUGAUAGCAUACAAUCAUUGCAGUUGGUACCAAAAUUAAAUACGAAUGUAAUGGCUGAAAUUGAAAGGAUUUUGGAGAAUAAACCGACGAGACCGCCUAUGGUUUCAACUCUGGCGCUUAGAUGACAAUCAAUGUGCCCUCCUGGCUCUAUCAGUGGGGGCCAGGGAGGCACAAGUAACGCAGACAGUCCAAAAUUAAGUGACGAAUUGAGCAACACUGAAACGGAUGCAAAAGAUGGUCAAAAGCUUCCGUUCUGCGAGAUUCAGUGACAAAAGGUGACCGAGUUUGUAAAAACUCGUCAAAAAAUUAAAACGCCCGACGAAAAGCCGUACAAAGAAAAGGUGAAGUGGUCGUACAGCCCCGACGAGGGCCCCAAAUGUACCACCGAGACGUUCCUCACCCAGAAAAAACGUAGCGGCGACAAAAAGACGAGCCCGGUUCAAGUUUGAACUAAAGCAGCUUUUUAAAAUUGAAGCUUUUAAAGUAACCGAAAAAAAAAAACUUGGACUAUUUUUGACUCUUAGUCAGAAACAGAUUUUCCAAUUUCGCAGGGAGUUACUUUUAGACACUUUCUAACCCAGAUCUGAGCUUUAAUACAAACACAUUAGAAGCUGCAUUAGAAACUUUUUCGAAAAUUUUUCUAAAAAAAUUUAUGAAGGAAAAGAAAUAUGAUGUGGAAAAAGAGGAUGUUUUUUUCCUCUCGAUAAACAAAAUCGUCAUAUAAUGAAAAUACUCUAAUAAAUAAAUUUAUGGUUAUUUCAGAAUUUCGCCUUAAGUGUUCUGAUCAUGAAAAAGUAAUAUUUCUGAAUGGAAAUUACGAGAUGAGAAUUAUUCCUGGUAACAAAAUUGUAAUGUAUUAUCCAUAUAUCUAUAUUUAAGAUUUAUUACAAAAAAUAUUUAUAUGUUUUAAGAUUAAGGAUUAAUUGGUUAGUUAAUUUUCUUUUAUAUCUUGAAAUCAAAACACGCUGUUCAAUACGAUUUUUAUUCCUCGCAUUUUUAGUUGUGAGUUUUGAUCUAAAAUGAAGAAAAAUCGGGGAUUUGAAAGUCCUGAUUUGGUGUUGUUAUAUUAUAUUUACUAUUUUAAUCUAUAAUAUAAGGCUAAAUGGCAUAUUAAGAAAGUUUAAUAUCUUAUAUUGGUGUCCCAAUUAAAGUUUCAUAUUGAACCACAAAAGUUACAACUAAAGCUUGAUAGAUUUGAAGAGAGCCAUCUGUAACAUUAAAAUUUCAAAUACGGAUAUGGAUAAUAUGGAUUUUCAAGAAAAACUUCUUUUUAUUCGUGCAAUAAAUUUAACUUUGCCACAUGAAUUAUUUAACUGUAAAAGAAAGAAUUGAAAUGAUUUUAUUUAUGGCGAAUGCAGAUAAAAUAUCGACUACGCUGUCAUUCUGGUAAAUUUACAGCUAUAACAUGUAUUGUUGAAGUUUAGAAAACCUAAACUUCAUUAUAUUCAUGAAUGGAACUAUUUGACUACAACAAGCAUGAAAGAGGUGCUUCAUUUCUAUGGGUUAUAUUAACCCCAUAUCUCUGAUAAUGCAGAAUGCUGAUUGUACAUAAUUCUAUGGUUAUUUUAAAAUGCAAUAGAUUUAUCGUUUGAAGGGAACUGUCGAAUCCAUCAUUAAGCUAACUUCGCCACCUUUUUGCAUUGCAAAAAUCCGAUCGAAUGCAAAAAAAAAACACUUCUCCGUCUUCCUCCAUUAUCUGCGUUAACAGUUACAAAUAAAAAAUCAGUAUCUCCAGAUGAGUAACAGCAGUUCUUUCAGCUUUAGACAUUUGUUUUGAAAUUAAUUACGUAUACCGGGUGUCCAAUUAGUGCGAUAUCGGACGAUAUCUCCUUACAGGGUGUCGCUAGAAGAAAAUGUUUAUAUAUAAAGUUGUUUGGUGCUUGAAGGUGC